AUGGCUGCCAUCUCCAUAGCUACAGCUCUGCUGGUAGUAUUUGCUUCUACUGCCGCAGGUUCUAGUGGGCCAAAACCCUUCGGAUUCUUCGUGAACAAUACGAUCUACCAGCCUGUAGGAGAUGAGAGUAUCACCUACCCGCGCUUUACUGAGCUAUCAGAUGGCACGAUUCUCGCAACUUGCUCUCUGUUUAAUCAUGAUCCUGCUUUCUUUCCCGUUUUUGAAAGCCAGGAUGGAGGUGCUAGUUGGGAGUGGGUCUCAGAUCUACACGAUACCCAGAAUGGUUGGGGGUUCCCGGCCCAACCCGCUCUCACCGAGCUGACCGAGCCGCUGGGCCGAUAUGACGCUGGAACAAUCUUGGCUUCAGGUAAUAGUUGGAGUAGUGAGGGUACGCGCAUCGAUCUUUACGCCAGCACGGACGGGGCGAGGUCGUGGGAGUUUGUCAGCCACAUCGCCCAAGGAGGUGCCCCCAAUACGACCAACGGUGCUGAUCCUAUUUGGGAACCGUACCUACUGGUUUACAAUCACUCUUUGAUCUGCUUCUACUCCGACCAGCGUGAUCCUGACCAUGGUCAGAAGCUCACCCACCAAAUCUCGACUGAUCUAGAGACAUGGAACUCGCCUGUAGACGACGUGUCUUACAAUGAGUAUCUGGCGCGUCCAGGAAUGACCGUUGUGGCUUGGAUCCCGCCCAUCGAGAAAUGGAUAGUUGUCUAUGAGUUCCCCGUUGGGAAUUCCAGCUCUCACGGAGCCAACUACCCAGUCUACUACCGUCUCGCCGAUACUCCCCUUGACUUCAGGUUCUCCGAGGGUCUUCCAAUCAUUAUCAACGAGGCGAAGGCGCCUAAUGCCAGUCCAGGGCUUAAGAAGCGCAAGUCCGGCAAGGCUUUACUGUAG